GAGGGGGACGCCACAUUGGAGCGGCGAGGGGAGCGCUUCGAGCGGUGCCGGGCCGGGUACAGUUUGCGCCGCCGCUGCUCCUGCCGAGCUGCGCUCGCCUCGCUUCGCCGCGCCUCGGCCGGCUCUCUUCCCGGCCUCCGGCCGCCCUCCUUUCCUCCUCCGCUCGACACAUGCCGCUGCUCCCGGUCCGUGUCUAGCACCGCUGCCGGGCCCGGCGCUCCGAGGCGAGGGAGUGCGCGGCGGGCGGUAAGCGGUCGUCGGCGCGGCGCUCUGGCCGGGCCGUGAGGGUCGGAGGUGGGCGGGCGUGGAUGGAUCCCCGCGUGGCCUGGAUCCAGCCCGAGCAGAAAGGCCCCGCGAAUGCGCUGUGGAUGCAGAUCUGGGAGACCUCGCAGGGCGUGGGGGGCCGGGGCGGUGCCAGCUUUUCGCACUACCUCUGCCUUAACUCCCCGGCGCUGGACUCUGCCGUCGCCGCGUCCCCGCCCUGCGACCACAGCUGCGUGCGGCUCGGGGCACCCGGCGGCAGCGCCUGCUGCUCUUCCUCGCCGCCUUCACCUUCGCCUUCGCCUCCGGCCUUGCUGAACGGACUCGUUCCUGCUGCCACCGCCGGCUCUGCGGCCAUAAGCGGCGGCGAGGGAGGGCGGCGGCUGCAGAAGUCGCCUUCCGUGUCUUCCUCGUCCUCUUGUUCGUCGGUGGAGUCCGGCACCGAGAGCCCCGGCUUCUCCUCCUCGGGAUCGUGCAGCGGCGGCGGAGGCGGCGGCUCCUCCUCUUCCUCCUGUGGCCCCCGGGCGGCGGCGGUGGCUCCUCCCGGGCUACUGGGCAGCGGGGCCGGACCCGGGGAGUUCUUCAACUUCCACGAGAACAAAGUGAACGGUGUGAACGGGCACCACCAGCCCCCGCACCUGACGCGCAGCCCUCACCCGCCGCCGCCGGCGUCUCCCCAGCAGCAUCAGUACCACCCGGGACGUAGGAAACGAGAAAAUAAAGCCAGCACCUAUGGGAUGAAUUACUUGCUGUCCGGUAGUCGAGGUGUCGCCAUCAACAGCUCCCCGCACCAGCAGCGGCAGCCGCCUCAGCCAGCACUGCAGAGCCCCGGCACACCCUGGAAGACCAGGAAAUACAGCCCCGGCGUGCAGGGCCUACAUGAAGAAAUAAUUGACUUCUAUGACUUCAUGUCCCCUUGUCCUGAAGAAGCAGCUAUGAGAAGAGAAGUGGUAAAAAGAAUAGAAACGGUCAUCAAAGAUCUUUGGCCUACAGCUGAUGUCCAGAUAUUUGGCAGCUUUAGUACAGGGCUUUAUCUUCCAACUAGUGAUAUUGAUCUAGUUGUUUUUGGGAAGUGGGAACGACCCCCUUUACAGCUGCUGGAGCAAGCACUGAGGAAACACAAUGUGGCUGAGCCCUAUUCCAUUAAAGUACUUGAUAAAGCUACGGUACCAAUAAUAAAACUUACUGACCAGGAAACAGAAGUGAAAGUCGACAUCAGUUUUAAUGUAGAAACUGGUGUGAAGGCAGCUCGAUUUAUCAAGGAAUACAUGAAGAAAUAUUCUUUGCUUCCUUACUUGAUUUUAGUAUUAAAGCAGUUCCUCCUACAGAGGGACUUGAAUGAAGUUUUUACUGGUGGAAUUAGCUCUUACAGCCUAAUUUUAAUGGCAAUCAGUUUCCUGCAGCUGCAUCCAAGAAUUGAUGCUAGAAGAGCUGAUGAAAACCUUGGAAUGCUUCUGAUAGAAUUUUUUGAACUCUAUGGAAGGAAUUUUAACUACUUGAAAACUGGUAUUAGAAUAAAAAAUGGAGGUGCCUAUAUUGCCAAAGAAGAAAUCAUGAAAGUCAUGACUAAUGGAUACAGACCAUCCAUGCUAUGUAUUGAAGAUCCUCUUCUGCCUGGAAACGACGUUGGCAGAAGUUCUUACGGUGCCAUGCAAGUGAAACAAGUUUUUGAUUAUGCCUACAUUGUUCUUAGCCAUGCAGUAUCACCACUUGCAAGAUCAUAUCCAAAUAGAGAUUCUGAGAGCACAUUAGGUAGAAUCAUCAAAGUGACCCAAGAAGUGAUUGACUACAGGGCCUGGAUUAAAAAGAAGUGGGGGAGCAAAAUUAAUAUAUCACCUGAACUUGAUAAUAGGUUGAAAAUAAGAGACAAGCUAGCUCCGUGCAAUGGAGAGCAGCAGCAGAACAGGGACUCGGAAGCGUCUUACAACCAACGCUUGACUUUGUCAUUGGCUGGCACACAGCAGCUGUCCUCUGGUUCUUCUGCCUCUUCUGUGUCAUCACUCUCCAGCAGUGACAUUGAUUCUGAUACUCCACCUUGCACAGCUCCUAAUGUUUACCAGUUCAGUCUGCAAGCAGCGACUCAGCUUAUGGCCACUUUACCACCCGCAUUGCCUAUGCCAAGGGGUAAACCCCAAUCUGCGCCUACGAGAACCUUGCUAAUGGCCGCCAGUAAUCAGCAGCACAGUGGAAUGAAGUUUUCCAUGAAAGGAACUCAUAACCAAGGCAACAGCUACAGCCCUGUCAGCAGUGGAGGCAUGAGGCAACCGGUUGGUAACCGAGGACACCACCAGUACAAUCGUAAUAUAUGGAGAAGGAAAAAACACAGGGACAGCUUGCCCAUUAGUCUGAGCAGAUAAUGGCAGGUGCCAAAAUGACCUUCCCUGCUCAGACAAACCGAGCGAGUGCCACUCGAGGGAUGGAGACCAGCGUCCAGCACAUCGUUUUAUUGGUGUUGCCAAAUAUCUGCCGCUGACUUCUUUGCAUGUUUCUUUGUGUGGUGGUUCAGUCCAUCUUCAAGAAGUAGUUGUGCUUAUCUGUGAAGCCUUAUUAAAUGUGGAAGUUUGUUUUCUGCCUUCCCACAACGGUUCAUCCAGUGCCGAAGCAGCUCUGACAGUGGAACUGCAAGGACAUUUACGAAUGCUGUGGCGUUUUUGCUGUGGCUACAUCUGUUCCUUUGUGGGUUCAGUUUCCUUUUGGUUUAGAAGUGAAAGAAACUUCAGCCCCCUGGAAUUUUGGUUUGUUUUUUUUUUCUUCUUUGCAGCAAAUCAAGUUGGGAAUCCAUAAAUUUGCUGCUCUUCUGGGUUUGUUUUUUUGUGUUUCACAGCUCAGAAUUGUUUUGCUCUGUAAAUACUGGAAGUCUAAUUUGUGCAAUAACUUGGAGUUUUUAAUUUAAUUUCCUAUUGUCACCUAAGUUAUAUUUAAGGGGAAGAGUUUUGGGUUCGUGGGUUUCUUUUUUUUUUUUUUUUUUUUUUUAAUUUCCAGAUCCUUUCCCAGGUUGCAUUAUCUAAGUUGGGUUCAUAGUUUUGGCAGGUUGUCUGAGCAGUGUUACAAACAUGAUAUUUGGUCAUAUUCGAGGCUUCUGGGUUGGCAGUGAGAGCGCCAUCGGCUUUUGGUUUUAAGGAAGUACUAAGCUCCAAAGCGUUUUGACCCUGUGUUUUUUAAGCUCAUUGUCUGGCCUCUAUCAAUUGUCUUGCUCUGACCGAUGAGUUUUAAUUUUAUCCUUUUAACUAAACGAUGAAUUCAGCAGUUGUAGUACCAGAAGUAAAACUUCAAGGAGGGGGAGGAGGAAGAAGGUUGGUUCGAGCCCCGAUGCGGAGCAGAGGUUGUGAAUUCCACGCUUUGAUCCAUUUUUAGCGACGUAACCUGUUAACGUUUGGGUUCAAACAAUGUUAGUCAAUAGCGGUACCCGGCUUAAGGAAUGUGGAGAAAGGAAAUAUGUUGAUUCCAUUAAGGAAUCUGUAUAGCAGUAUGCAUUAGUUCUGUUAAGAGCAAACCUAUACAAAGUACUUCAGCUGCUCCAAGCAUUACGGGAAGUAUCUUUUAAUGUCUUGCGGGAGAGCACAGCCCGGUGUGGUACGCGGUGUGAGUGGCUGGCACUUAAUUUACAGAUGCAUACAGGUAUACUAUGCAAGUGUGUAUUGCCAUGACAAACACUGUCUUUAACUUUUUGGAAUAUGUACAUCCUGCCUAACCCUGAGUUUUUACAGCACCACAGUUGUCCUGGGAGUAGGUCACAUCUCAUGCCCUCUGACUUCCUGUGUUUUUACUGAGAGUUCUUAAGCUGUAUAGAAAAUUACAGAUCAGUUCUGUAAGUCCACUGGCGGAGAGAACUGAAGACUCCUGUUAACAGGACAUCUAUACUGUGUACAGAGGUAGAAGGUUUUAAAACUGAUAUCUGACUAUUAAAAUGAGGUGUUGAGCAUGAAGCUUUUUAAUAUACUGUAAGCCUUCGGAGCAGAAGUAGUUCAUGUUAUUACUGAAUCUGUCAAACACAAGCAGGUCCUUGAGGGGAGAGAGGGCAACAUUCCAGAGUAGAGUAGUGCAUAUCUGUUUGCAAAACAAAAAGUUUGUCUUAAAUGCUCCAGACUCAUCACAAUUGAAAAGUUUUAAACAUGGUGAGCUGUUUCAUCAAUACUAUCUAAGGGCUGUUACAUGAGCCUGUACUGCUUAGUCUUCACACACUAGCAAUAUUGAGCAUCACUACAUUAAAGAGCCCUCAGGGGCUUCAGUUGGUGUCUUAUACUAGCGUCCAUUUUGAAGCAGAACUCAUCUGAAAAGUGGUAUCAUGUAACACUUCAGUCAUGGUGAACCAAAUAAAUUGGCCUGGCUAUCACUGUGGUUAUGUGCUACAGGUUUAAAAAUGUUUGAAUUUUUUGUGUGGACAACUACGUGGAAGCUAAAAUUGACAUAUUUUUAUGUAAAGUUUUCUAUUCUUUGAUUUUUAAUAAACUUUGGAGACCAGUCA